UUGAGCUGCCUGCUGUGAUUUCUGCUUCACUCUCAGACAAAAUGGCUUCCAGACUGGAGAAGGAUCUCUGCUGUCCUGUCUGCCAUGACUUCUUUAAAUAUCCUGUCAUCCUGUCAUGUAGCCACAGCUUCUGUAAAGGCUGUCUGCAGAGCUGGUGGAGAGCAAGUGGAAGUAAAGAGUGUCCAGUUUGUAAGAGAAGACAUUUAAAGGACUUCAUACCUCCGAACUUGGCUUUAAAGAACCUGUGUGAGAGUUUCCUACAGGAGAGAGAUCAGAGAGCUUCAGAGGCUCUCUGCAGUCUGCACUCUGAGAAACUCAAACUCUUCUGUCUUGACCAUCAGCAGCCAGUUUGUGACACCUGCAGAGGUUCAGAAGAACACAGCAACCACAGAUUCAGACCCGUCGAUGAAGCUGCACGACAACACAAGAAGGAACUUCAGGAAACUCUGGAGCCCUUAAAGGAGAAGUUAAAGGUUUGUGAACGAGUUAAAGUGGAGUUUGAUCAAACAGCAGAACACAUGAAGGUCCAGGCCCGACACACAGAGAGGCAGAUUAAGGAGCAGUUUAAGAAGCUUCAGCAGUUUCUAGAGGAGGAAGAGGAGGCCAGGAUGGCUGCACUGAGGGAGGAAGAGGAGCAGAAGAGUCAGAUGAUGAAGGAGAAGAUGGAGGCUCUGAGCAGAGAGAUAGCAGCUCUUUCAGACACAGUCAGAGCCACAGAGGAGGAGCUGAGAGCUGAAGACGUCUCAUUCCUGCUCAACUACAAGGCUGCAGUGGAAAGAGUCCAGCAGCGCCCCCUGCUGGAUGAUCCACAGCUGCCCUCAGGAGCUCUGAUAGACCAGGCCAAACACCUGGGCAACCUGGCCUUCAACGUCUGGAACAAGAUGAAGGACAUGGUCUCCUACACUCCUCUCAUCCUGGACCCAAACACUGCUGAUCCAAGACUCGUCCUGUCUGAAGAUCUGACCAGUGUGAGACGAGGAGAGAGACGGCAGCUUCCUGACAAUCCAGAGAGGUUUGACUUGUACACGUCUGUCCUGGGCUCUGAGGGCUUUAACUCAGGGACUCACGGCUGGGAUGUCGAGGUCGGAGACAGUACGGACUGGUCUCUGGGUGUGUUGGCAGGGUCUGUCCAGAGGAAAGGCACCAUACUGUCUGGAUUAUGGACCAUAUGGUUCUGUGAUGGUAAAUUCAGAACCUUCUCCACAUCACAUCGAUCCACAGAUCUUGGACUGAGGAGGAAGCUCCAGAGGAUCAGAGUGAAUCUGGACUGGGAGGAAGGAAAGCUGUCGUUCUCUGAUCCUGAUACAAACACACACAUACACACCUUCACACACACUUUCACUGACAGACUGUUUCCAUAUUUUAGCACUUGGAAUGAGCUCCCACUGACUGUGUUACCAGUGAAGGCCUCCAGCGUCUCCAGCGAUCAUGUAAACGAGUCCUUAAACCCUGCUCCGGCCUCCAGAGGUGGGCUCUGAUUUAAUAUCCUGAACCCGCGUCGCCCCUGGAGUCAGAAUCCUGGUUGGAGCGUCUGUAAAUCAUCUUAGGACUGUAAUCUGUCGUCAAACUGACCUCUGUUCUCUGUCUCAGCUGUAUUUUUAAAAUAAAAAUAGGUGUGGAUAACAACAGCAAACAUGCAUGCUGUAUAACUGGGUGUUGUGGCUCAGGGGGGAGAGCGUGUUGUCUGUUAAUUGGAAGAUCGGCGGGUCAAUCCCCUGCUCUUCAUGUCGUAGUGUCCUUAGGCAAGAUACUGAACCCUGCAUCGCCUCUGGCUGUGAAUAUUAGUUUCUGUUUGAGCACUUAGGCUCAGUGUGUAAAAGCGCUUUGAGUUCGCAAAAGACAAGAAAUUUACAUGUUUUUAUGAAUCUAUAAUGAUGCCUUGUAAAGCAAAAUAUUAUUCACUUUUUAAAUGUUUUA